ACGCAAGGAUGACAGCUAAGAAGCCUGUCCAAAUCCACAAGCUACAUAUUUCUUGAAGUUCUCUCUUGCAUGAAAAUAUUGUCAUCCCUCACAAUGUCAUCCAGAGGUGAAGAUGCUCCAAACAUCAGCGUGGCCAUACUCCAUGAUGUUCUUAGUUACUUCUCUCCCUCCUCCAUCUCUUCAACCCCUCAAACUUCAUCUUGCAGCAUAGAUGAGUCCUAUAAGUACAUUUUCCUCCCUAUUUGUUAUUCUUUUACUUUCAUCUUUAGCAUCACCCUCAACUCUGUGGUCCUCUACCGCUCCUUCCGCCAGACCAAGCGCUGGAAUGCCUCUCUGAUAUAUAUGGUCAACCUGGCCUCUACAGACUUCAUGUAUGGCCUCUCUCUACCCUUUCUUGUGGCUAGUUACAUCAUGCGUGACCAAUGGGUGUUUGGGGACUACAUGUGCCGCCUGGUCCGCUUUCUCUUUUACUUCAACCUCUACUGCUCCAUCUUCUUCCUCACUUGCAUCUCCGUCCAUAGAUACCUCGGUAUCUGCCAUCCAAUGAAGGUGAUCAGGCUUGAAACCAAGAAAGUUGUCAAGUGUACAUGUAUCUUGGUUUGGAUUGUAGUGUUUGCUUUGACCUGUCCAAUUUUCCGGUUUGCUCGGACUGGUCUUGUAACAAGGCUGGCAGGACUUGGGGGCAUUGCAAGUGCAAGUAGCGACAACCAAAGCCAUAGCACUUCAUCCAUCAGUGGUAAUGCCAGUAAUUUGGGAGGUGUCAUUGAGGAGUAUCAGAACUGUUGGGACGAUGCCAUAGAUGAGGAGUUACUUGAUUAUGUACCCUAUGGAAUCAUUCUGCAUCUGCUUGGCUUUUUUCUACCCUUCUCUGUGAUUGCCUGGUGUUACUCCCACGUGGUUCUGACCAUAUUUAGGACUCUGCAUUCCCAGCCUUCAUCCCACUCAGGUUUAAGAGAUGGAGGCAUUGAAGACAUGCAAAGAAGGGCCAGAAGUAACUCUGCAAUAGUUGACAAAGGAGGCAAUGGACUGUUGCGGGCAGUGGGAAAGGAUAAAGGUUUUUCUGUUUUCCUUGGUGCUCAUUCCCCAUAUGCAAGCCGCAGGCGAAAAUCUAUCAAAACCAUCAUCACCAUCACCCUGCUCUUUGCUUUGUGCUUCUUCCCUUUCCAUGUCACUAGAACCAUCUUUCUUCUGUUGAAGGUUUUCAAGAGAGUCCCCUGUCACACCAUGACCACAGUGUCAAUUUGCUACAAGAUCACCAGGCCUUUAGCUUCAUUCAAUGCAUGGCUCAACGCCCUGCUGUACUUCCUAACCAAAGACAAGGUGGGAGCCCACUGCUGCCAAGCAAACGCCAACCCCCAACAACAUGAAGGACUUCUGCUGCCACUGAGGAUGAUGGGAAAAGCAGAGGGUGCUGAAGAAGGAGGGCUGGAAGGCCGGAUUGACAUUAAGGAGAAUAAUACAUUUCACAGUCCUUCAUAUACGAAUAGAGCAAAAGUUAAAUAUAUGGUUAAAUGA